AUGGAUCACGGCCAAUCAUCAAGAAAGGAAAUAGAGAAAAGAAAGGAGGAAGAGAGGUUGAUCAAACUUAGAAGUGAACUUGUGAAUUAUAACUUUCAUGCUUGUCCAAGAGUCAUGAAAGAAUCCUUCAGGGGUUUAGAUGUUGACGACAUCGACUUGAUUCGAAUUGCUUUAAUUGGGCCUGCAGCUUCUGGGAAAACUAGCUUCGUGGGGACUCUACAGCGAGCCAUUGGAGAGACUCAGAGUGCCUUUGAGCAAGGAACUGGAAGAGAAGGAACUAUUCUUCUUGAAGAAUGCUUCGUGCAGAAAGGUAUUCGGAUGGUCGAUACUAGAGGAUUCCUUGAGGACGACGAAGUACAUGUUGAUGAAUGUCUCAAAGUAGUGUCAGGAAGAAUUCGACCAGGAGAAGAAAUCGCGGGGCAUUAUGACAACGAAGAUGAGGGAGGACUGGUGAGCACAGCGGCCAGAGGAACUCCAUCACUUGCUAGAUGUGCACACGCUGUGAUUUUUGUUGUGAAUGCGAACGAUCUGUGUUUGUCUGUCGGAAAAUACAGAAAAACAUUUCAUAAGAUCAAAGAGCUCCUUCGACGAAAUGGUUAUACUCCCGUAACUGUGAUUACCUUUCUGGACAAGCUAAAAACUGAGGAGGAGAAGGAGGAAGUGUUUGACAAAGCAUCUAUGGUGACCGGUAGUUCCAGCGAAAGGACCUAUUUCACUGCAAAUUAUACACACGAGAAUGCUGAGCAGUCCAAUGAAGUGGAUAUUUUAGCUCUUGAAAUUCUGGACUCCGUAUUGCUCUUUGCAGAGAAAUUUAUAUUGGUUCGGAAGCAGCGAGAAAAAAAUAAGAUGGACAGAGAAGUUAUGGCUAAAGGAGCGUCCAGCUUUGGGGAGACCCUAGAGCAAUUUUUAACCCGCCUAAAGAAUAAGUACCACUGGAAUGACCAAGGAAGAUUGGAGGCUCUGAUGAAAGAAUUAAGAAAAAGAAGGAUUACCACUGUAAGAACCCUCAGAGCAAUAUGGGACGAUAUUAAUUCAGAAUUGCCGCUAUCGAUUGGAAUUAAGAAAACCUUGGAAAAAGAGUUCAAACGAAUGUAAAAUGGAGAGCAGUUUUACCGGACAUGAUGGGUUGAAGCCUUCUGCGUUUUAUUUUGCCCCCAUCGCAUAACAAAUCAACGUUUAACCGGAAGGAGAGAAAGAUCUUACAGUUUUACAGCUUUGGAGUCUACCCGAGAGGUCAUUUUUUCCUGUGUAAUGGAAGGCUUGUCAGCCUUUCGGCUUUCAGGGAUGUUGUCGUAACGUCGAAUUGAAAUUCCACUAUACGUGCAUUAGACCCAAAUUCCCGUACACUUGGGCUCAGAAGUGAUUAUAACGGAUUUUUCCUUCUUUUACCAUAAGGAAAUACAACCUUUAGCCUAGAAGCUUCUCAAUCGAUGUCUCUCUCAUGUUUUAUAAGACUGCAAGACCAGCAAAUCGAAAAUUAACUUCUACUUGCCUUGAAAGAGAAACAGAUACGAAUUUUCAUCGCAAUAGAAGAUGGAUUGAGACCGAAUUAAGUGUCCCUCCCAUUCCCCCCACUCCGAAAGGAGCUGUCUCAGCCAAGGAAGGGAGAUUUCUCAACCAGGAAUGUAAAUGGUUUUACGUGA